UUACUUCAAGAAGUUCAAGAAGAAACAACAUUUUUUCAAAGUUGUAUAUUUGUCAUUUAUUAUUGAUUACAAUGAAUUUUACGUAAAAAGUAAGACAUGCACAAAUUAUGCGUAAAUAUAUAUCGUAUAAUUUUACAAUUUUUUAUAAAAAAGUAAUAGAUACAUCAAUUAAUACUGUCGCGCAUGCGCGAAAAAUCUGAUGCCAACCAAUCCUGAUAUCAACAUGCGUGUAAUAUGCAAUAGUAAAAAGGCUUUUAAAGAUUGAGGUUGGAUUGUCGAUUAAAUCACGGUAAUGUUGAAAUAAAGUUCAUUAUGUCUUUGUACGACGAUUUUGACAAGCAUCGGACCACAGAAAAGGUCGCUGGUUGGUCCUCCGGUAUUAAAUUGCUGCAGUCGCAAUUGCAAUUAAAAAAAGCUGCUACAACCCAGCCAAAGCGUGAGCAAUACAGGAAGGCUACUGCGGUACUAGCACCAGUGAUAGACUUGAAAUCUAAGACUAAUCGUGAUGCAGACAGAGAGGAACAUGAAAGCACCCACAGUAAUCCAUUAUCCACCGGUAGUGUGAGCAGUAUAGGAAUUGGAGAUGAAUUUGACUGGAAUGUGGUGAACGAGUAUGAUCCUAUGUGGCCCAAUGAAUAUGAGAAAGUUGUGAAAGAAUUACGUGAUAUCAGAGACAGAGAGCAUGAGACAGAGAUGCGCAAACGUAGAAGGGAUAGUACUCGUUUCGAGGAUACUCAGACUCCUGCCGGUAACAGCACAAUGAUACCUCCUGAAAGAGACGAAGAGAGAACGCCGUCUUCUAGAGGGGUGACUGGAGGUGCUGCCAUAGCACCGCCACCAUCUUUACAAGAAUCUUCAGAAUUGCCACCACCACCACCACGACAAACGCCUAAUUUAGGCUAUGCGACAUCAUCCGUGGCUGCAAAGAUAAUGGCCAAGUAUGGUUUCAAGGAGGGACAAGGUCUUGGAAAGAAGGAGCAGGGCAUGUCGGUGGCGUUGCAAGUAGAGAAGACGAGUAAACGUGGUGGUAGAAUAGUCAGUGAAAGAGAACAGCUGAUGCCACCACCACCACCUAUUUCUCCACCACAGAGUCAGGUAGCGUGCCAGCAACCACCUGCAGAAGAACCCAGCAUUACCGAGAUAAUGAAAUGUCCCAGCAAGGUUGUACUUUUGCGCAACAUGGUUGGCCCUGGAGAAGUGGAUGAUGAUCUCGAACCAGAGGUGAAAGACGAAUGUAAUACUAAAUACGGCGAUGUUGCGCGGGUAAUUAUUCAUGAAGUGAUUGAAGCGGCUCCAGAAGAAGCAGUGCGAAUUUUCGUCGAAUUCAAGAGGAUAGAAAGCGCCAUCAAAGCCGUAGUCGAUUUAAAUGGACGUUUCUUUGGUGGUAGACAAGUUAAAGCAGGAUUUUAUUCAAGUGAAAAACUCGAUAAUUUACAAUUAAUGGACUAAAGAGAGAGUUGAGUAGAUGUAUAAAAAUUUUAAAUACUAGUUUAUAAAAUAUGCUUAUUUUUUUGCAAAUUGUAUAAAUAUUUUAUAUUUCUAUUGCAUAUAAGGUUAUUUACAUCUUAUGCUUAAUGAAUCUAUAACUAUUUCUUUAUGACACAAUUGUAAAAAAUAAAUUUUUCUAUUAUAUCUAAUACUUACUUUUGAGAUAUCGCAUUUGAUUUUAGAUAUAUUCUAGUUUAACGAUCUCUUUUAAUGAUAUAUGUAAAAUUUAAAUAAAUAUUCAAUCUUUUUAUGGAGUCUAAAAUACUGCAUCUUUAAAAAGUGCUCCAAUAAAAAACUGAUUAGGUAUAACUUGUUAAAAAUAUAAUUUAUCGAAAAUAAUUUUCAGAAAGAUGUCUUAGUCAAUGUUUUACUCUACAAUAGAUAAAGGACAUUGGAAUCUGAAGAUAAGAACAAAAACCAGAAGUGUAAUAUUAAAACACUAAACAAAAAUAAAAUUGAUCAUAAAUAUUUAACAAAGCCAAAUAUUACAAACAACAUAUUUGUGAACACUGUAUAUAUAUUUUUUGUAAUAAUUUAUAUAAUAAUUUAUACAUACAAACCAUAACAAAUUGUAUAUUCCCAUAUAGGAUAAAAUUAAACAAACUUAAGCUAUAA